CGCUUUCACAGUCCCACGCAGGAGGAAGAUGCUGGCCAAAAGCUGCGCCGUCUGGACGAGCCUGUCCCUGUGGAGUAUUUUGCUCUGCGGCUCCCUCAUCCGCGCCAAGAACCACAAUAAUCACCACGAUGACGGGGACGAGUCCUGGUCGGUGGAGACAGUUUCCAGGGCGAGAUGCGCGUCGCGGUGCCUCAGUUUGCACAGCGUCGCGGCGCUCUCCACACCGCUGCAGAAUAAUGGAUCACUGGGCUGGUGUCUCAACCACAAGCAAUGUGCAAAGUGCCUGGAGCCGUGCAAAGACUCCUGGGACAUGAAGAGGAAAAGCCAGUGCAGAGAGCUGUGUGAGCGAUCGUUUCCCAAGAAGCACUGGGAGUGUGUGACCAGCUGUGAGUUCCUUCAGUCGGUGCUGGCGGUGAAGCAGGGCGACUGUCCACCUCCAGAGAGAGCCAGCGGCUUCGCGGCAGCCUGUGUGGAGAGCUGUGACCACGACUGGGAAUGCUCCGCCCAGAAGAAAUGCUGCUCCAAUGGAUGCGGCCACACCUGCCAGCCUCCCAAAAAUCUUUACAAGGGUGCUCCUCUGAAGCCGAGGAAGGAGCUGGGCUUUGAAGAGCUUCCCUCUGGCCAGCUAGAGGUUCGCUGGUCCUCUCGCUUCAACAUAUCAGCUGAGCCCGUGGUCUACGUACUGCAGAGGAGGUGGAACUUCGGCAUCCAGCCCAGCGAGGACACCGCCACACCCUGGCAGGUGGUGGCCCAGACCACAGAGCACGGAGCCAGACUGGCUGACACCCGGCCAGGCCGCUGGUACCAGUUCAGAGUGGCAGCGGUCAACACCCACGGAACCAGAGGUUUCACCACGCCCAGCCGGCACAUCCAUUCCAGCAGAGACCCCUCCAGUCCCCCGCCUCCCACCAAUCUGAGGGUGGCCAACAUGACCUUUGGCCCAGGCAGGGCAGUGUCUGCCAGGCUCCAGUGGAGCGUGCCUGCCGACUUGGAUGUUCCCAUCCACCACUACAAGGUUUCCUGGAGCUGGAGCGCUGCCGGAGAGCCCUCAGCUUCUCCCUCAACCAAGAGGAGGAAGACAGUCAGAGUGAGUCAGGUGGAGCUGGACAGUAUGCGUUCCAACAGGACCUACAGCGUGGACGUCCAGGCUGUGUCAUACUGGGGACAAACUCAGCUCAAAGGACCCAAAGCCUCUCUCCACUUCACCACACAGCGCACUGCCAGCUCCACACCAGGAAACCCUCCGGCAGACAUACUGGACGUCGGCACGCCAUUCUACCAGGAUGGGCAGCUCCAUGUUCGUGUUUACUGGCAGGGCAGUGCUGACCCUUCUGUUGAACGAUACCGAAUCCAGUGGGGACCGGAGUAUUGUGCACACAACCACACCAGACCCAUGGAGAAGAUCAUCACACAGGAGAGCUUUGCCAGCCUGCAGGGCCUCCUCUUCUCCUGUAAGUAUAAAGUCCUCCUGCAGCCCAUCAGCAGGAAGAGUCGCCCUGCAGCAGAAAGCACCAGCUUCUUCACGCCUUCCUGCGCCGCCAUCCAGGCCAAGAGUCUCAAACCCAUCACUUGUGCUGGAGAAGUGGUGGUGACUCCUCACAAGGUCCUGGCCAAGGCAGAGAACCUGACGGCGUUAUUCGAGGUCCGGGGUGGCAACGUGACAGCCGUCUUCAGCUGGGAUUUGUUCACGGUCCGGCCCGAUCAGCAGCUGACCGGAUACCAGGUGACAUGGGCCGAGGUGGACUCCGCAAACCGCCACAGCCACAACAAAAAACUACCCCACAGCCUCAUCUCCCAGUCCCAGAUCCUGUCCCCUGAUCACAACAUUCUGGUGGUCUCAGGCCUGCACCCAGCCAGCCUCUACAGGCUGGAGGUCCAGGUGAUCACGGCAGAUGGUGAGAGUCCUGCAACCAGCCGAACCUUCCAAACCCCUGGAACCCAGAACACCCUGAAACCCAGAACCAGACUGAGGAAGCAUCACCAUCAACGGCCAAUGAUUGAGAGGCACUGAGCCCAGAUAGCCAAUCAGACUGCAUGAACCUAGUCUCCCAAACUCAGGAUGAUGGAGAAUCUCAAGAAUCUCAAGCAGUGAUCAGCGAUGCAAAGUGCAAACCUCACCAGCUUCAUGACACCCACGGAUUCUCCUUCGCAACUCACAGCAACUUCAGUGUCCCUCGCGUGGUAGCUCACAGUGGAACGGAAUAGCAGUUGAAGACACAAAUGUUAUUAAAGGUGUUAUGUGUUAGCAGUUUAACACCAUUCAUUUUGUUAGAGUAAACAAAGGAUGCCAUUGCAGAGAAUGCUGUCAAUUUUUAUCAACCUCCACACUGCAUUUUACAAAGUGUGCCUCUGGGUCAGAUUUGGCGGCAAAUCUGCUGGUUGCUUCAUGGCACAAAUGGUGGAGAUUUUGUCAGCAACAAAAACAGACCACGAUAACGUGCUUAUUUCAAACAAAAAUUGAAAUUUAAAAAUUGAGCAAUUUUGAUUAUACACUGUGAAAUAUGUAGUACCCCCGCAUUAUUUGCAAAAUGGUUUGUUGCAAUGUAAAAUGUGGGUUAAUUGUAGUAAAUGGGCCCAACAUACAAAAUGACUUGUGAGGUCUUUUAAUUUUGAGCGACACUCUUUUGUUUACAGUAGUCAUACUGAUGUAUUUUGGUUAAUUUGACAAGAACAUAUUGAUAUUUAAAAAAUGCUACACAUAGCACCUUUAAAUACAGUAAUGCAGCGAUACAGCAAAUCGAACUGCUCAUGAUAGGACAAAUGCCAUAUUCAGUGCAGAGCUCAUGGACAGCAAUAAGGAUUUAUGCAAGUUAAAGACAUGGUACAUCCCUCUCACCCCCUGCUGUUGUGAAGUGAACUCACCACUAGUUUGUGUGCAUCUGACAAGCAUGUUGAUACAGUGGCAAACUACUUUCAUAACCUGCUGUGGCCCUUGUUAAGUUGAUUUGAUGGGAUUGCAUGCAAACACCCAAAUGUUCUCUUCAUUCUCAGUGCCAGCACCUCGUACUCUUCAAAAACGCCGCAGGGCUGUAAAAUUAAUACCCGCCGCUCAUUCACACGAGAUUUGUUGUUUUUGUAAGUUAAUUUGCCAAUUUGGUAAGAACAUUUAGCUUCCUAUAGCCUUUAUUCUGUAAAUGCUGUAUAUACUGUUUGUCUGUAUUUAUUAAUUGUGGUAUAUUUGUGUCUGAACGAGUGUCUACUGUAAACCUAAUCCAUCUCCACUUUAUGUGUGUUCAGCCUUUUAUAAAACCUCUAGAGACCCUGUAAAAAGAUGUUUUUUAAGUAAAGAUAAAUUCCAUGUCAACA